AUGGCGAGUUUGGUCCCCGGAGUUUUGCUAAAGCUACUGCAGCACAUGAACACGGAGGUGAAAGUCGCCGGGGAGCACCGCUCCUGCGUGUUGCAGGUCGUCAGCAUCGUCCCCGCCCUGGCCUCCGGCGGCGAGCUUUUCCCCAACCAAGGGUUUUACCUCAAGGUCUCCGACUCCUCCCACGCCACCUACGUGUCCCUGCCGGACGAGCACGACGAUCUCAUCCUCAGCGAUAAGAUCCAGUUAGGUCAGUUCGUACACGUGGAGCGACUCGAGGCCGCCUCCCCCGUCCCCAUCCUCCGAGGGGUCCGCCCCGUUCCCGGCCGCCACCCGUGUGUCGGGACCCCUGAAGACAUCGUCGCCACUCAUUCCCUAGGGUUCCUCAGCAACGCCUCGCCCUCCAAUCCCAAAUCGCAGGGGAACAAAAGUAGUAGCAACAGUAAUUAUAAGUCGGCGCACAAGAAAGAUGACGGCACCAGUACAAGUUCUAAAGAGGAAAAAGUGUUGGUUUCAGAUAAGAAGAAGAGUCCUCCUGUGUUAACUCGGUCAAAAUCCCAGCUGUCUAAACCGGCUUUGUUGCUGGACGUGAGGAAGGAGUCUGUGGGGAAAGUGAAGCCCUUCUCAGGAGGGUCGAGGUCAAUACCCUCGUCCCCGACUAGCUGUUACUCGUUGCCGACUUCAUUUGAGAAGUUUGCGAAUGGGGUUAAGCAGCAGGCAAAGAUCAAGGAGAAGGCGAGCCCCGUUCGUGGGGGGAGCGUGAUUGGGAAGAAGGUUCCCAUUGGGAAUUUGGUGAGGAGUAAUAUUGUGCAGGGAUUUGAAAUUGGGCCUAAAGCAUUGAGAAAGAGUUGGGAAGGGAAUAUAGACUCCAAGGGCAGAGAGAGCCCCAGAUUGAAGGGUGCCAAGAAGGAUUUGAGGUCCCAAGUACGGAGUACUUCUGCACCUAGGAAAUCAAUAAGUGAAAGGUCGACAUCGAAAGAAGAUAAUAAGACCGCUUCUCUGAAACUGACGAGAGAGGUAAGUAAUGUGCCUGCACCUGUAAAGAAAGCCUCUACGAAUGGAGAUAUGCCCGAAGUCAAUAAACCAGCUUCAAGGACAACUGGAAACAAAUCAUCCGGGGAGACUGCCAAUAAUGGAAUCCCUGGAAACUUGGUCAAGGUUUCUUUAAGUAACAGGCGGCUGACAGAUGCAAGUGCUUCAUGGGCCUCACUGCCAUCUUCUCUUGCUAAACUUGGGAAGGAAGUCUUGAAGCACAGAGAUGCUGCACAGACAGCUGCCAUAGAAGCAAUGCAAGAAGCUUCGGUUUCAGAAACUCUGCUUAGAUGCUUGAGUACGUAUUCCGAGCUGAGUUUGUCCGCGAAAGAAGACAACCCACAGCCGGCCGUGGAGCAAUUCUUGUCCCUGCACGAAAAUCUAAACAAAGCGCAACUCAUUGCAGAUUCCCUCUCGAAAAUCAUCUCUUACGAAGAAAUCCCAUCUGAAGAGACUCUGAAAGUCACAUCUGACGGCCGCAAACAAGCCGCUUCAUGGGUCAAUGCUGCCUUAUCCACCAAUUUGUCGUCUUUCACUGCAUACACUACCAAACCCACUCACAAGCCAAUCACAGGAGGGGGGAAUCAACCUGUAAUAGUCCUCGACAACCCAACAAAGAGCACAGCCCAAAAGGCACAAACAAAAACCCGCCAAGUGUCAAAUGCUGCUUCUACUUGGGGAGUUGGAGUUGGAGUCGGGCGUAAACCGAUUGAGUGGGCCAAGGGAGACGGGCUGGAAGAGGCCGUUGAGCUCUCUGAGUUGCUUCGGUUGGAAUCUCAAGAUUGGUUUCUGGGGUUUGUGGAGAGAUUCUUGGACAUGGAUGUGGAUAACUCAUCUUUGUCGGACAAUGGCCAAAUAGCCGGGAUGCUGAGUCAGCUCAAGAGUGUGAAUGACUGGCUAGACAAGAUUGGGGGUGCCAAGGAUGAUGAAGAGGGAAUUUGUUCAGAGACAAUCGACCGGAUUAGGAAGAAGAUUUACGACUAUCUCCUCACGCACGUUGAGUCCGCAGCUGCAGCCCUCGGUGGCGCUACUACACUCUCGUCCGAACCCAAAACAAGAAGGUGA